UUUGCAAACUGUACUGCAAUCGCUUAAAAUAAAUUGAAAAUCAUGGCGAGUUUCAUUGCGAUUCCGCUUAAGAAAACGUCUGAAAUUGACUUAGUUAAACCAUUGAAAAGUGCUUUUUCUAGCUUUUGUGUUGCUGCUGACGAACCUGUUAGUUACGAUGAUGCCUUAAAUGAAUUAAAUAAAUUACGAAUGAAUUCUACAUGGAGGACUUUAGACAAGCACGAAAGUUCCUUGGAUGUUAUGUAUAGAUAUUACGAUCAGCUGAAUUUUUUAGACACUAAAUGCCCAACUGUUGAUUUUCAGGUUCAGUUUAAGUGGAAAGAUGCUUUUGACAAAGGAAGUUUCUUUUUGGGUUCAGCAAGUUUGACUCUUACAGCGUUAGCAUAUGAGAAGGCCUGUAUCUUAUUCAACAUUGCAGCCAUGCAAAGUCAAGUAGCUUGCAGUCACAUUAGUGAUACAAAGAAUGAUGAAGGUUUGAAAUUAGCUGCCAAGUAUUUUCAGAUGUCUAGUGGAUCUUUCCACCACUUAAAAACCGUUGUUUCCACUCCAUCUAUUGAAGAUCCUACUCCUGACCUUCGGGCAGAUACCCUUUCUGCUUUGGCUGCUCUGAUGCUUGCUCAAGCCCAGGAAAGUUUUUUCUUCAAAGCUACAUCAGAUAAUAUGAAAGACGGUAUUAUUGCUAAAGUUGCUUCUCGGGCUGAAGAGCUGUAUUCAGAUGCUUUAAAAUUAAUGCAGAAAGAAUCUGUCCAUCAUCUGUGGGAGAAGGAUUGGAUAACUGUAGUUUCAGGAAAACAAGCUGGGUUCCAAGCUUUAGCUGAAUACUAUCAAUCUCUAGUUUGCAAGUCAAAGAAGGAUUUUGGGGAAGAAAUAGCUCGUCUGCAGAAAGCUUCAGACCUGAUGAAAACUGCAGAAUCCAAGAACAUUCUGAAUUUGGAUUUCAAAGACUACUUGGCCAAAAUCAAUCAUAACUAUGAAGAAGCUAAGAAGGACAAUGACUUCAUUUAUCAUGCACGCAUUCCAGAUGCAAAAUCAUUGCCUCCUAUAGGAAAAGCUCCUCUGGCAAAACCAAUUUUUCCUUCUGAGAAAUUAAAUCCUAAUUCUCAAGAUCUAUUCAGUGCCUUGCUUCCAAUUGCUGUUCAACAAGCAAUGUCUGCUUUUGAUGUCAGAAAAAUAGAGAUAAUCAAUGGAGAAAAGGGGAGGAUGCUAAGUGAAACACAAAUGCUAAAUGGUAUUCUAGCAUCAUUAAAUUUGCCUGCUGCAUUAGAAGAUACCACUGGUAAUUGUUUACCUCAAUCUUUGAAAGAAAAAUCCAUUGCUGUUCAAGAAAAAGGUGGAUUGGAAUACAUCCAGAGACUUCUUAAUGAGCUGCCUUCAUUGUUGCAAAGAAAUAAUGAAAUUUUACAAGAGUGUGAACGAAUGUUGCGUGACGAAGAAGAGUCAGAUAAUGAAUUGCGAUCAAAAUUUGGAAGCCAGUGGAUGCGAACACCAUCUGCAAAGCUAAAUGAGCCUUUGAAAACAAACCUUCAGAAAUACUCUCAAAUCAUCACCACUGCUAUGUCUGCUGAUGGUAUUGUGAAGGAAAAAUAUAAUAAGCAUAAAGACAAGAUGGUUUUGCUCUGCCUUCCUGAGGAUCAACUUCUAUCCACCAUACCAACUGGCAACCCUGUAGCAUCAUGUCCAUCUGUGGAUCAGCUGAAGAGUUUGAUGCGUGAAGUGGAUGGUGUUAAAUCCGAGCGUGAACAUUUGAUGGGGGAACUUGAAAGUGCUGCUACUGAUAUGAAAGCUAAAUUCUUAUCCGCAUUGUCAACCGAAGGAGGUGUAAAUGAAGCAGCACUCUCUAUCGAAAGUUUAGGAGAGAUAUAUGGACCCAUUCAAAAGCGCAUUAGGGACAACAUUUCUAGACAAGAACAAUUAGUUCAAAAAAUUCAGGUUGCAAAUAACGAAUUUUCAAAAGAGAAGGGAACAGAUGGUUCAGCUGGCAGGCGAGAUACAAUCCUAAGUGAAUUGGCUGCUGCACACGAUGCAUAUAUGGAAUUAUUAGGCAACUUAGAGGAAGGAUCAAAAUUUUAUAAUAAUUUGACGGAAGUGUUGGUGAACUUUCAAAAUAAGAUUAGCGACUUUUGUUUUGCUCGACGAACUGAGAAAGAGGAGCUAUGUCGGGAUAUGCAGAAAGAUAUUGUAACUAUAGCAAGUCAACCGUCUCCUCUAGCGCCUCCAGCUAAUCAUAGCAACCAGAAACCGGCAAGACCACCGCCUCCGAAAACCAAUGAACCCAGCACUGCCCCACCGGCCCAGAACUGGGGUUAUCCACCUGCUGCUCCGGAUGCAGCGGCUCAUCAGCAGCCACAGCAGCCCUGCCCUUACCCCCCUUAUCCGGCAUAUCCUUACCCUGCAGCAUACCCGCCUGCGCCCAUGUACAACACCUAUGGGCAGGUUGUGCUACCACCCUUUCCACCAGCUCCUGGUUAUCAAGGACAACAACCAACUCAGCCACAAGGUUAUCCAUAUCCUCCUGCUACCGGUUAUCCAUAUCCACAACAACAGUACCCUCAGCAACAGUAUCGCCCAUGGCAGCAAUGAAACUACUACUACGAAAUAAAACCACCCCACAAAUACCGAACUUGUAAUCUACAAAAGCACAACAAUAUGCUUUAUUUAUGUAUGACAUGAAUUUGAUUUUGCUCAUGAAAUUGUAGAAAAAUAAAUAUGUAUAUUGACGCUUAAAUUUUUUCAAAUAAUCAACUUUAUACUUGUUUGUGAAUAAAGGAAUUUAUGUAAAUUUUAUUAAUGUUGAUGCUUCAAAAAAUUUAGAUGUAAAAAUAUUUCUAAAAUAAAACAAAUGUUUUUAAAUUAUAAAA